AUGGUAUCCAUGAUCCGGACGAUAAUGUUUCAAUACGUCUACCAGAUCGCUCCGCACGAAUCCAUGUACGAUAUUAUAUAUAGUGGGAGCGUUACGCACGUUUUAAAAAAGAAAACCCGAGCGAUCGACGACUUGACGCUGCUGGAUUUCACGCGCGAGUUGGACGCUUUUUUCGGAGAGGGUUUUUCAAAAGUGUGCGCUCGACCCCUCACCCAUCUUUAUUACGAGUACAUGACAAAACUGAGAUACUACAAUUACGGCGAAACCGUAACGACGCCGUCGGCCCAGGACUACGUCGACCUGUACAGGUUUAUAAAAUGUCCGGUGUCGAAACUUACGGCGGUCACCGAAUACAUCCUGUCCCGGAACAAUAUAGAUUAUAAAACUCCGCUGCAGCAACAGGUGAAAAUCUGUUACUGA